UGGAUAUAGUUCAGACGCAUAAAUUUGACAAAGAGGCUUCAAAGACACAAAAGCCGGGAUGAUGAACAAGGAUUAAGCUCGACGCAUCUGAGACGCCGUAGACAAAUAUUCCCGCUUUAAAAGCAAGACACUUCUGGGGGUGUUUCACAGGCUAUAUGUCGGCUUUAUAAAUUAGGGGAAUGUUUGGUUUUCGCAAGAGUAGACUUUGCGCGAUACAAAUGCGACAGAACAAUUGCGUUUAACAUUGGAGGAGCCAGUGUCUUUGCUUGGACACCCGAGAUGGCCGCAGUGCGAUGCAUUCAGCACCUGUCAGGAUGGUUUGUUCUGUUCAGCUUAAUGACACGCCAGAGUCUCUCCAUUGAGACAGUGAAUGUGGUGGACUUCUGUGGACAGACGAUACAGGGGGACGGUAUGAUCGUAAAGUCCCACCAGGAGUCCCGGAGGUACUACUUUGUCUCCAUGGGAACGGACUGCCACCUCACCAUGCAGUCCGCCACUCCCCGGGACAAGGUGCAGUUCUACUUCCGCUUCUUCCUGGUCUACAGCCUGCUAAGAGUGUCACCGCACAGCCCCCCACCCCUCUUCCCGGAAUCACCCAGGGGGUCCUCUUCAUCUGGCCCGACGCGGCCUGACAUGAGCUUGGAGCCAACUACCAGGGAGGGGCCAGAAGACCCCUGCCAUGCUGGCUCUUACAUCCAGUUCUACGAUGGGCGGGAUAAGUCCGCACCCCCAAUUGGCCCGCCACUCUGUGGGAAGAGCCCUCCUCGACCAGUGUUGUCAACGGGCAGAUUUCUAACUCUACGUCUUGUGACGCGAGGAACUCAGCCAAGGGUGGACUUUGUUGGAGACUUCACUUCAUUCAGGCUGGGUUUUAACCAAUCAGAGUGCAGCGGGCAACCUUACUUCAACUGUCGGAACGGGAAGUGUAUUCCCAUGAGUCUGGUUUGUGCAGAUGAUAAAGGCAUUGACAACUGUGGCGAUGGCAGUGACUUAAUCGAUUAUCCUGAUUGCAAUGGUCCUCUAUCUACACCCAAGCCCCCGCAGCACCAUGUUACCCAACCAGCACAGAUGCUGAACGUCUUGCCUACUCUGACAGUGUCCACUUUAAAGAACUGUGCCACUCCAAACGCAAUUCCUGGUCUGGAUUCUGUGACUGAUUCCCAGGCUUCCAUGUCUCUGCUGGCGCUGUAUGUGGUUCUGGGUGUGACGGCAGGAGGGGUUCUCAUGUGCUGGUGCUGUUGGGCUCCCGGCUGGUUCCUGUGGCGAGUGAGUGUGUUUCGAUUCUUGCCCUGCUGCAACCCCUGCUGCGCGUCCUGCCAGCUCUGUGGGCGGAGCUGCUCGCAAAACAAGGACCACCGAUUGGCUAAGGUUACACCGGAAGGAGCCGCAACACCCGUGUCUUCUACCACCACGGUGGCUGUGUAAAUACACUCAUCUGAUGUAGCCUAGCUCCAUAAAAGACUCAUAAUGGAGAUACAGAGGGCAGUAGUGGUAUAACAGUAGAAGUGCUGCUUUGUCAGUUUUUACUGUUUUUAUUAAUGAAGAAUUGCCGGGUGCUGGA